GCAGCUAACCAAAACAUGCUCAGCUAACAACCCACAACAUGCACACCUAACAGCAGCACUUUAAAGACACUUUUCAUUCUGUCAGGACCAGUUUAAAACUAUUACCUACGGGGCAGCUCCACGUCUGUGCACUGGAGCUGUUUGGAGUGGAUAAAAAGGCUGUUUUUCCCGGAAAGGUGCAAAUUAUUAAUGAAAAGCCGGGAGCUAGCUCGAAGUUGAGUAGAAGCUUGAGACAAACAGCAUCUUAAACUUGUUCUUCUAAAGGAAUGACAAGACUGGACCUGUGAUGUAGUCGUCUCAUCGCACAUCGCAGUGUUUUUCUGACACUUUAUCAGGGAGUGAUGGAAGAGGACAGUCCGACACUGAAGCCCAGGCGCAUUCAGAAUCAAAACGUGGUCCAUCGCCUGGAGAGGAGGCGGGUGUGUUCAGGCAGACCUGGGGCUCACUGGUACAGAGUGCGCUGCUUUCACCAGAACCUCUUCCCCAACUUCACUGUGGUCAAUGUGGAGAAACCACCAUGUUUUCUCAGAAAGUUUUCCCCAGAUGGACGCUGUUUCAUCGCCUUCUCCUCUGAUCAGACAUCCCUGGAGAUUUAUGAAUACCAGGGCUGCCAGGCGGCUCAGGACCUGCUCCGAGGUCAGGAGGGAGAGACUCUGCUCACAGCCAAUGACCAGCGCUCGCUCAACAUCCGCGGGCGUCUGUUUGAACGCUUCUUCUCUCUGCUCUAUGUCACAAAUGUGGCCUCAAAUGGAGAGCACCUGAACAGGGAGUGCAGCCUUUUCACUGACGAUUGUCGCUACGUCAUCGUGGGCUCAGCCGUCUACGUACCAGAGGAUCCACCGCCGUAUUUCUUUGAGGUGUACAGGAACAAUGAGUCUGUGACCCCCAAUCCGCGCUCCCCUCUUGAGGACUACUCCUUGCACAUCAUUGACCUGCACACGGGGCGCCUCUGUGACACCAGAUGCUUUAAGUGCGACAAGAUCAUUCUCUCUCACAACCAGGGUCUGUAUCUGUACCGCAACAUCCUGGCUGUACUGUCAGUGCAGCAACAAACCAUCCAUGUUUUUCAGGUGACUCCAGAGGGGACCUUCCUGGACGUACGGACCAUUGGGCGCUUCUGUUAUGAGGAUGACCUGCUCACUCUCUCAGCUGUUUACACUGAGGCCCAAGCAGAAAGCCAGCCCGGGUUUCCUCGCCUUUACACAGACAAAACCAUCAACUCCCUCAAACACAGACUGCUGGUUUACUUGUGGAGGAGAGCCGAGCAGGACGGGAGCGCCACUGCCAAGAGGAGAUUCUUCCAGUUUUUUGAUCAGCUGAGGCGUCUCCGGAUGUGGAAGAUGCAGCUCCUGGAUGAGCAUCACCUCUUCAUUAAAUACACCAGCGAAGACGUGGUCACGCUCAGAGUCACCGACCCCUCACAGCCUUCGUUCUUCGUGGUGUACAACAUGGUGUCCACAGAGGUGUUGGCGGUCUUCGAGAACACUUCAGAUCAGCUGCUGGAGCUUUUUGAGAAUUUCUGUGACCUGUACAGAAACGCCACUUUGCACAGUCAAGCCGUGCAGUUCCCCUGUUCAGCCUCCUCCAAUAACUACGCACGCCAGGUCCAGAGAAGAUUUAAAGACACCAUAGUAAAUGCCAAGUACGGUGGGCACACGGAGGCAGUGAGGAGACUCUUGGGUCAGCUGCCCAUCAGCGCUCAAUCUUACAGCAGCAGCCCAUACCUGGACCUCUCUCUCUUCAGCUAUGACGACAAGUGGGUGUCUGUGAUGGAGCGGCCACGCACCUGUGGAGAUCACCCCAUCAGAUUUUACGCCAGGGAUUCAGGACUGUUGAAGUUUAAGAUCCAGGCUGGUCUGCUGGGACGUCCUGUGAACCAUGCCGUGCGGCGCCUGGUGGCCUUCACCUUCCACCCGUUUGAACCCUUCGCCAUCUCCGUCCAGCGCACCAACGCUGAGUAUGUGGUCAACUUCCACGUGAGACAUGUGUGUGCGUAGUGUGCAAACCCACUGGGCCCUGUACAUCUCAGAGUGAUAAACAAACAUGGCGGCGUGAAGCUGGGGCUUGUUCUUCUGCAGAAGAAUCAGUGGCUCUCGUCCUACUUUCUCUCGACACAAACCACAGUUCUCUUUUGCCUUCCAUCAAACAGUGGUCACUCAACACCAGCCUCCUCCCUCCAGCAGCAAGCCAGCAAUUCUGCCUUUGCCUUUCGUCUCACCACUUUUCCUCCUCUUCCCCCCUUCCUCGGCAGAACAAAGAGGAGCUGUAGGAAGGAGAGGCUGGAAUAAGUGUAAAUGGGGAUGUAGAGAGAGUGAUUGAUGUGCCACGGAGGUGGGAACUGCAGGUAGCCGGACCUCUCAGAAGGAGCAAAAGGUGCUUUCUUUCUCCAGCGUGCACUCAAAGCUGCACAUUCAGAAUGACUUCUGCGGUUGGUCCAACACCAGCUCGCCACAAAACUUUUCCAUAAAAGCAGAGUUCAUUUUAUAUUGUACAGUUUUAUACUUUUUUUAAAAUAUGUCUAAUAUUAUAUUAUAAUAAACAGUUGUGUACAUGUUUUUA